GCAGCGGACGGGGACACGCUGUGCUCGCUGGGAGCAGCCAUGGCGGACGGCCCGGUGGCGGAGGUGCUGCUGCGGCGGCUGGAGGCGGCGGAUGGAGGCCUGGACAGCGCGGAACUGGCGGCCGAGCUGGGCGUGGAGCACCAGACCGUGGUGGGCGCCGUGAAGAGCCUACAGGCUCUGGGUGAGAUCAUCGAGGCUGAGCUGCGCACCACCAAGCGCUGGGAGCUUACUGCUGAGGGCGAGGAGAUUGCCCGGGAGGGCAGCCAUGAGGCCCGGGUGUUUCGCAGUGUACCCGCAGAGGGCCUGCCCCAGAGUGAGCUCAUGCGACUGCCCAGUGGCAAGGUGGGCUUCAGCAAAGCCAUGUCCAACAAGUGGAUCCGAGUGGACAAAAGUGCUGCUGACGGGCCCCGGGUGUUCCGCGUGGUGGACAGUGUGGAGGAUGAGGUGCAGCGGCGGCUCCAGCUGGUCCGGGGUGGGCAGGCCGAGAAGCUGGGAGAGAAGGAGAGGAGCGAGCUCAGGAAGAGGAAGCUGCUGACUGAAGUGACCAUGAAGAUCUACUGGGUGAGCAAAGGCAGUGCCUUUAGCACCAGCAUCUCCAAGCAGGAGACAGAGCUGAGCCCAGAGAUGAUCUCCAGUGGCUCCUGGCGGGACCGGCCCUUCAAGCCCUACAAUUUCUCAGCCCACGGCGUCCUGCCUGACAGCGGCCACCUGCACCCCCUGCUCAAGGUCCGCACCCAGUUCCGGCAGAUCUUCCUGGAGAUGGGGUUCACCGAGAUGCCAACCGACAAUUACAUCGAGAGCUCCUUCUGGAACUUUGACGCCCUCUUCCAGCCCCAGCAGCACCCAGCGCGGGACCAGCAUGACACCUUCUUCCUGCGAGAUCCAGCCCAGGCCCAGCAGCUCCCAAUGGACUAUGUCCAUCGCGUCAAGCGGACCCACUCUCAGGGUGGCUACGGCUCACAGGGGUACAAGUACAACUGGAAACUGGAUGAAGCCCGGAAAAACCUACUGCGCACGCACACCACGGCAGCCAGCGCCCGCGCCCUCUACCACCUGGCCCAGAAGAAGCCCUUCACACCAGUCAAAUACUUCUCCAUCGAUCGUGUGUUCCGGAAUGAGACCCUGGAUGCCACACACCUGGCCGAGUUCCACCAGAUUGAGGGCGUUGUGGCUGACCACGGCCUCACGCUGGGCCACCUCAUGGGCAUCCUGCGGGAGUUCUUCACCAAGCUGGGUAUCACCCAGCUGCGUUUCAAGCCGGCCUACAACCCCUACACCGAGCCCAGCAUGGAAGUGUUCAGCUACCACCAAGGCCUGAAGAAGUGGGUGGAGGUGGGAAAUUCCGGGAUCUUCCGCCCCGAGAUGCUGCUGCCCAUGGGGCUCCCCGAGAACGUGUCCGUCAUUGCCUGGGGCCUCUCCCUGGAGCGCCCGACGAUGAUCAAAUAUGGCAUCAACAAUAUCCGGGAGCUGGUGGGCCACAGGGUGAACCUGCAGAUGGUGUACGACAGUCCCCUGUGCCGCCUGGACACCGAACGGGGGCCCCCUUCAACACAGGAGGCCGCAUGACACGAGCCACCACGGAUAGGCCACCUUCCCCAAGACCCUGCUGCCCUUUGCAUCCCUGCCAGUGACCCCUUGUAUUUACGAGGCCUCUGUGAGGCCAGUCUCCCUGCCCCUGGUACCUCCUCUUCCUCACCGGCCCCAGGGUCCCAGGGGCAGGGGAGCGAGUAGCAGGUUCAUUCUGUUGUCCAUCUGUGAGGGUGGGCCUUGGGGAGCCCUGCAGACCAGCUGCUGGCUAAUAAAGUGGGCACUUGCCCUCAUCUGGUGCCUUUCCUUAGGGGUGGAGGGGUGCUGGAGCCCCAGGUGUGAGGCAUGGUGGGUUGGAGGUCUUGGAUCCUCAGGCACUCCUGGCCAGCUUGAGCCAGAUCCUGCCAGGAAAGACUAGCUCCAUCAAGCAUUUACCGAUUUACCUGCUGAUGCCAGGUCUCUUCUAGGUGCAGGGAACAGAACCCCCUACCCCUGUGGAAGGGGCAUUUGAAAAAGGGAGGCCAAAGCACGUGUUGGGGCCCCAGGAACCAGGAUUCCCACCGACUGGGAGCCAGGCAUCAUUGGUGGGGUGGGGCAUAUAGCAAGCUAAGCCUUUAAAGCUGCCCUUCCUUGGUUUUUUUUUUUUUUUUAAGUGGGAUCUUCCUGGAGCAGGGAUCGAACCCGUGUCCCCUGCAUUGGCAGGUGGAUUCUCAACCACUGUGCCACCUAGGAAGCCCCAUCUUGGUUUGUUUUUAAGAGUAGUUUUACGUUCAUAGCAAAAUUGAGUGGAAGAUACAGAGAUUUCCCAUAAACCCCCUGGUUUACAUUACGGUUAACUCCCUGUGUUAUAAGUCCUCUCUGCUCCACACAUUCAUCCCUUUCUCCUCCCCCUAAUAAGCUACUCUUAAAAAAAAAUCUCAUAGGGAUUUCAAAUGAGCCCAGAAUAGAGAUGAAUGAGUAGGAUAAAGCUCCAUGAACGCACCACUGAGCAGUGAGCGGGAUCUCACACCUGUUUCUGUGGGAAUGUUUCAGAGUAAAUCCCAACCAUGUCACUCACCCCAGAUCUUCGGGGGGCAGAGUGACUUUGGAAACAUGGUUGGUUUCUUAUGUAAACGUGAGGCCGCUUUUAUACCCAGGGCAGUUGGCAGUCAGCUGAGGCCAUGGGUUUUGCCGGUCCCAGGGCCUGUGAGCACCAAUCUUCCAAGGGCUCCUCACUCAAAUCUUUUAUUUAUUUCAAAUUAAAUAAUCCAGUAAUACAGAAAAAUAUUCCUUCAUUAAAUGUGCACCUCUUUAAAAAUUUUUUUUUUAUUUAAGUAUGGUUGAUUUACAGUGUUGUGCCAAUCUCUGCUAUACAGCAAAGUAACUCAGUUAUACAUCUGUAUACAUUCUUUUUUUAUAUAUUCUUUUCUAUUAUGGUUUAUCACAGGAUAUUCAAUAUAGUUCCCUGUGCUCUACAUUAGGACCUUGUUGUUUAUCCAUUCUAAAUGUAAUAGUUUGAAAUGUGUACCUCUUAAGUGCCAGCAGUCUUCAUGAGCUGAAGACCCAGCAGUGGACAAAGCUAGCUCAGGUCCCUGCCUUCAGGAGGUGAGGGGUGGGGGUGCCUGGGGAGGGAUGAGAGACACGAUGGGCAGAUAAAUACAGAAAUGGAGGGAAGGGUAGAAGCCAUGGAAAAAGUAAAGGCUGGUGAGGGUGAAGCAUAAAGCAAACACCCAAGAAUCCACCCCUAGUUCAUUCGAAUCUGAACAUAGAUGAUAUUGGCUUUGGGUCUCUCACUUUUUAGACCUAUGUGACUACUGGUUUGAAGGCCCUAUGAGCUCCUCCUAGUUUCUUUUGCCUCCACCCCACUAAGGUUGCCCCUUCCCGAAUUUGUUAUUUAUCAUUCUCAUGUGCUUUUAAACUGUUGGCUACUUACAUGUGUUACUUUAAGAAGACAUGGUUUCAAUUUGCAUGUUUUCAAAAGUUACACAAACAGUGCACCAUAAAAAUCAUCCUGCAUC